UAUCCAAAUUUCCAAAACAAAAAUAAAAAACACGUGCUAAUAAUAAAUUACAUUACAAUAUAAAAAUGGAAGUCACAGCAAGGGACCUUCCAAAAGGAAAUUUCAGGAUACAUGUGAUUUUCAACCAACUAAUAAAUUAAACAAUGGCUUCAAAGUCCUCAUAAUCAAGCUAGGAAAGUGAGGCGAAGGAAGCAUUGAAUAAAUGCCAAAACACCAUCACUAAAAAGCAAAUGGCUGGACCGUCUAAGCCAUUCUAUUCCAUGAACCUAAUGACUUAAAGCCCUACUUUUAUAUAAAUUAAGUGCUUAAAUCCAUACACAUGGAUAAAAAAGGCAGUUCUAUAUAAACUAUAUAUUCUUUACUAUGCUUGACAGGCCGGUAGGAAGCAGAAAGUAGGAGAAACGCGUCUUUAGGUGGAACAUGCAUAAGGCAUCACCGAGGACAACCUGUAUUCAUAGCAAAACCGCGUGUUAUUUCAGCAACUAUUUAAAAUCUUGCCAACGGCAACAACAAAGAUAUUUCCAAAGGACUUAAUGUUCACUCUUUUUUGUCUUGUUUGAAAGUUUAUAUUCCCACAAGUCGUGAUAAAUAAGUUUGUGAGGCUUUGAAGCUGAAUAAUGUAACAAGAUGUUGAGCUCCAAUUAUUAAGCUGUUAAAUUGAUAUUGAUAUGAAGCUUGUGCUUAAUGAGCUCGUUUAUUAAUCGAAGGAGCCUAUCCAAGCGUUUUAAAGAGGUCAAGCCUAAAUAACUUCUUAGCAGCCUGGCUCAUUUCUGCCCAUAAUUACUAGAUAUGAUAUAGACUACUACCAUUGGCAUUUUUUGCACGGAAUCAACAAACUAUGAAAAUAUUUUUUGAAAAGCCAGAUUUUCACAUUGUCAACUAGGCGUGUUAAAGUGCCAUUUCUAUCAAAACCAUAUGCUUCUAAAAUCCCUUUCGGUGGAUUGUUUUUGUACAACACACGCAGUCAUUCAAAUCAAAGGACUUGACUUUUACUUUAGGGUUGGUUUAGGGGGCACAGACCAAACAUACUUGGUAAACCCAUAUCUCACGCCUUGCAUUUAACACGUGACUAAAUUAAAACCACAUCUUGAACAAGCAAAGGCAAUUUCCACAUCUUGAACAGGCAAAGGCAAUUUUAUCCAUUUGCUUGCUCUGAUCCAUUAUAUCAUGAUUUUAAUGAAUAAAAAGCUUUCAG